AUGAACUCAACCAACGAAUUAUUGACAUUUAUUCUUGGUUACAAAAUUUGUGGUAAUAUUUCCCAUGUAAAUAUCUCAGCUCAUUCGCUGCAGUUCGCAAAGCAGAUAAACGAUGAUGUGGAUGACGAAAAUUGGAGAAAUACCGAUGGUUGUAAUGAGCUGAAGAUCGACUAUGCCACCGCCUACACCUUGGGAAGAUAUAAAAAUUGCCGUGAAACGGAAAAACCACGGCGAGAAAACAAUUCUAUUAUUUAUUCUGUUGUUAUACAAAAUGAGGUCAAUCCAAACUCAAAAGGAUGUUACCGUGCCUUGAGUGAAAUUGAAAUAUCGUUACGCGUUGAAGCACAGUUUAAUUCGAGAGUGGAAAACUGUAUCAUUUACAGGAUGGAUCCCUACCAGCUGAUACAUGACG